CGUCGGGCCCGUGACCGCUCUGGGGGCGGCGCCCUCCCGCCGCAGCCGCAGUGGCCGGCGCCGCAGCCAGGAGCCAUGGGCAACAUCUCCUCCAACAUCUCGGCCUUCCAGUCCCUGCACAUAGUCAUGCUGGGCUUGGACUCGGCCGGCAAGACCACGGUGCUGUACCGGCUCAAGUUCAACGAGUUCGUGAACACGGUGCCCACCAUCGGCUUCAACACCGAGAAAAUCAAGCUGAGCAACGGCACUGCCAAGGGCAUCAGCUGCCACUUCUGGGACGUGGGCGGCCAGGAGAAGCUGCGGCCGCUGUGGAAGUCUUACAGCCGCUGCACGGACGGCAUCAUCUACGUGGUGGACUCGGUGGACGUGGACCGGCUGGAGGAGGCCAAGACGGAGCUGCACAAAGUGACCAAGUUCGCCGAGAACCAGGGCACGCCGCUGCUGGUCAUCGCCAACAAGCAGGACCUGCCCAAGUCGCUGCCGGUGGCCGAGAUCGAGAAACAGCUGGCGCUGCACGAGCUCAUCCCGGCCACCACCUACCACGUCCAGCCGGCGUGCGCCAUCAUCGGCGAGGGCCUCACCGAGGGCAUGGACAAGCUCUAUGAGAUGAUCCUGAAACGCAGGAAGUCCCUCAAGCAAAAGAAGAAGCGGUAAAGCGCCCGGCAGCGUUCGGGAGCGAGGGGGGAGCGGGCGAGCGAGUCAAGAAUGAAUGAAUGGAUGGGUGGGCGCGCGAGAACCCGCGAACAAAGACAGCGAACCAAAGCGAUGCUUAGAAUUGUCAACACGGAAUCCCUGCACCCACACGCGGGACUGGUGACAACCCGCCUGCUCUCAACCUGCCCACACCCCCGGCUCAGGGGACCUUUUUGUCUGAACGCCAGAGCUACUGAUGGGGUGGGGGGCCGCGGUGGGGAGUGGACGUGCCGGUCCUGCUAUCCAGUCCGAGGCCCAAGUGGAAGGCUCAGAUAUCUGAGAGACAAAAGCGAUUUCUUCUUACUCCAGCAGGGCCAGAAGUUCAGGCUGCCCCGCCCCCACUGGGGGAUGCACCUGUGAGUUACCUGAGGUAUGCAGCUCCCAGAGUCCUGGCAGGACCCAGCUGGGCGCAUGUUGGCACUGGGGGGUGGUUUGGGGAGUGGUUUGGGGGGUACCACCACCCCUUGCAUUCAGGGGCUGUGGAAGCUGAGUAGUUUUAUGUCACAGGGCAGGCCCCUGUUGAAAUGUCAUUUGUCUUGGGGCUUGAGCCAUCAGAGGACUGCCUGGGACAAUGCGGCAUGGCAGCUGGAGAGGGCUCGGGCUCUGUGCUGGCCUUGGCUGGGAAUGGCUGCGGAGAUGCCCCUUUCCUGGUGCUUUGUGGUGGGCUACAGAAGACCAGUUUUGCUGAGAACUUCUUUUCAGCCUGGAAUCAGACAUCUUCCAGAUGGUUUGGACCCUGUCCAUGUGUAGGUCAUUAUCACACAAAGAGACCAAUAAAAAUUUUAAAAAAAAGAAAAGGAAAGAAAAACCUGUCAGAGGUGGUGGCAAAUGAUGCAUUUACUAUUUGCAGGAUGGUUAAAGGUGUUUAAAGGGUAAGGCUCUUUUGCGUAAAUGCUGGAUGGGGUGUGUGUGUGGGUACAGGGACCUCCCUCUACUGUGUAAUCAGCAUAAAUACCUAGAUCCAUAUGUGUGGAAUUUUAAAUUCUCUUAGCCUAAUGAUUGGUUUGGGUGUGCACACCAGCAGCAGAUGUGUGCUGAAUUGUAAGGGAUGUCUCUUGUAGUACUAAUCGCGUGAUGAUGGGUUUUUUAGACAUGUUUAAAAAAAAAAAAAAGUUUUACAAGUGAAUACUCACCUUAGAAAUAUUCACCUUAGGAAAAAAGACUUUGCUCUGCCCUUUUAUAUCCCUUUACGCUGCAAGUGGCGACGUGUUCAGAUUUCUAAUUUGGUUCAUUGUGGCCUAUCUGGUUUAAGUAUUUCUCAUUAAAUAUGUCUCAUUAGAAUAUUCAAUGUCAUGCACCAAAAAAUAAAAGCCCACCUUGUUGCAAAAGCUGACCACGUUGCAUGGAAUUUAAAAGUGAAGGAAAAAGCACAGGAUGAAGUCCGGAAUUCAUUCUUGCGGGAACUGGCCUUCGUAGCCAGCCAACACUUUGGGCAAAAGCAAACCACAAUGAGUGCUUGAGAUGAAAUAAAGCACCUGAUGUAAUGGUCACUGUACUCAGGCACUUCACAGUUUACUUGAAAAAGGCUUUGGAAAGUAGAUAAAGUGAAAGAAGAAUAAAUGCAUAUUUUUAAUAAUGUAAUUUUAAAAAUCCUUUAUAAUCAGGACUGAGUCUUGGUUUGCAGAAGCUGUCACUUACCCUGAAACACAGUAUCAGAAGGGAAACUUAAAACUUACUGUUUGAUUGUUUUUUUAAAUUUCCUCUUCCAAUCCAUGUUUUCGAGUAGAAUUAUGACUUCCCCCCACUCUUAUAUAUUUCUUUACAAAGGAGGCCUAUAGAAAUUGGACAUGAUCAUGCUUGAGCAUGUGAGUUAGUCAAAUUAUAGUCCAUCCCUAUUGUCAUUACACUCUGAAAGUUAACUUAAGAACCAGAGGCAGAAGUUCUGGCUUCCUGUUUGAAAUCCAAUUCUUAACGUGAAAUUUUGUAAAGGCAGAAACCUAGCAGCCCAUCUUCUUUUUCUCUUUUGUCGGUGUAUUUGGUACCCCUCCAAUGCUGGUCUUUUUGUAGAAACUCAGUAGAGAAAGUAUAGCAAGCAGUGUUGAAAAGCCUGCAAGAUUUCAGUUUACAUAUUGACAGCCUAUUCACUGAUUUCUAAAUGGGCUGGUCCCAUCAUCUGAAGAUUCUGUAUAGAAUUAUUAAAAUUUAAAAAAAUCCAUCUUUCUUUAUUUUCUUCACAUGCAACAAUUUCUUAAGCACUUUGACAUUUUGGUAGUUCUACACUAUUGAGAGAAUAAUAUAUUUAUUUUGUGACAUUGCAGAUGCCAAAUACUGUAGCCUUCUCAUGCUAACAAUACAUAGGUUCGAGGUCACUGUUCAAAUUCUGUCAUGCUUUAAAAAUGAUGCGAGAUAAUUUUGUUUUCUUGCGAUAUCAAUACUUAAGGGUGCAGUCAACUGUUAGUAAUUGUGCAGUAAAGUAAAAGCCCUGUGGUGUAUCAAUAGUUAAGAGUCUCAGUUGAUUUCUGUAAUGUUUGACCUAAUAAUAGCCCAUUUCGUCUCUGACCCUACAGAGGAAGCACAGAUAAAAUUACCUUGGAGUGGCCACCCAGGGGGAGUCCCCCCAACACAUCCAUCAGUGACUUAUUAUGCCUUCUGCCCUUUGGAGAAUGAAUGGGUUCCACAUAGAGGAAGGUGGCCUCCCCAUGUGAGCUUUUGAAAUGUUUUCUACCAGACACAGGGAGGCCAGUUUUAUUUCAGAACAAUUCACGGAUUCUCUGUUCUGGUGUUGGGACUGUGUCCUCUGGUUUCAGUUUUUGUUUCUACUGCUGUAAUUCUCUGUCUUGGUCAUCCUCCUUUUCGUUUUCAUCCCCUUUUAUAAUGCAUAUAUGAUGCUGUGAACAGAAAUAAAUUAUUUAUACAAUCAAACGA